AUGAUGAUGUCCCUAUUGUACAAGCCCUUUAUCCAUCAGAAUAGCAGACGGACCUUUACUUCUCUGAGCUCUUUUAGUCCCCUAAGAACACUGCUCCCACAAAAUCAUGCUCAAAGAUUGAUCGGGUUACCACACAAUCAACUUCAAUCUGGCCAGUCUAUUCUACAUCAAAUUUCUUUCCCAUUUGGAUUGAACAUUCAAAGAAGGUGGAAGUCCAGGGGAAAUACCUUCCAACCAAGCACUCUUAAGAGAAAAAGAAGGAUAGGAUUCCUUGCGAGGGCCAGGAGUAAGCAAGGAUCCAAAAUUUUGCAACGCAGAAAGGCAAAAGGUAGGUGGUAUUUGACUCAUUAA